AUGGCGCGGCCCGGACACGCCAGGAACCGUCCGUCGCUGGAGGAAGACGAGGAGGCCGAGGACCCGUUGGACGCCAUGAUCUCGCGGACGGGCUGCGUGAGGCAGCACCGGGAGCUGCAGGAGUGCAUGGCGGAGCGGCAGGACUGGCGGCACUGCCAGGCCCAGGUCCGGGCUUUCGGCGAAUGCAUGGCCCGGCGACGGAGCGUCGAGGAGCCCGGCCGGGCCGGGAAAAUCCACGCCGCCUUGUUUGGAAAUUACAAUCUGUCGGCGUUUGUCGUCCUGGCCGAAGGGCUCGUCUCCAUCUGCGCCGUCUGA